AUGAGAAAGAGUAGAUUUGAUCCAUUAGUACCAUUUAUUAAUCAAAAAAACUUUUACAAAAGUAACUUUCUUAAGCAUUAUGAUAGAACCCCAAAAGAUCCAAAAUAUUCGAAUGUAAUCAAAUCCCUUCAAGAAUUAGAUGAUGAUAGUGGUGAUUUCCAAGAAUUAAUUGAAAUAUUAGCAGAAUCUUCAAGUGAACAUGAUGUCAUUCAAACAUAUUCUUCUGAUGUACUAAUUGGAACAAAACCAUUUUACACUUACAUCAAUGAGCAACUAUAUCAAGAUAACGACUAUAAUUUUUUUACAUUAUUUGAAAAUUUUCCUAAUGAACUUUUCAUUGAAAUUUUAUCUUAUUUAAUUGCCACUGAUGCAGUCAUUGCAUUCUCAAAUCUUAAUCAUUGUUUUCAAUGUUUAAUUUUCGAAUUUUGUCAAUCAUUUGAUUUUACAUCAAUUAAUAAAAAUAAAUUUGACAUUAUCUUUCAAGGUCAUAACACAAAUCGAUGGCAUUCAUUAAAACUUUCCGAUGAUAAUAAUACACCUGGACAAUCACUUACUCAUUUAUCUCAAUUAAUUAAUCUUGAAAUUUAUCAAAAAGAAAGAGAAAUAUCAUUUCCUAAUGGUCAAAUAUGGGAACAAAUAAUUCUUUCAUCACUUCCAUUAUUAAAAAGUUUUAAAUUCUAUUUUCAAUUCGCAUAUUAUUAUCACCAAUUCGAUCAAAUUAAACAAGUCAUAGCAACGUUUUCUACACCAUUCUAUGUACUUGAAAAGAAUUGGUUUAUUCGUUGUGAUAUGUCUACUCGUAAUGAUACACAUGACAUGUAUAACAGACAUCGAAAAUUUGCAGUUCUUUAUACAAUACCAUUUCCUUUUGAAACAUUGAUCAUUUUUAAAAUUUCUCCAAAAACAACGAUUUUAAAUUUGUCAAAAAAUAAUAUUGAUCAUCUACGUACCAAUCUAUAUGCAAAUAUUAAAAUAUUAGUAAUUAAAAGCUAUACGAAACGUGAUCAAAAUUUUAAUAGAAGUCUUCAAAUGAAUGCUAACUUGAACAAAGAGCUUACACCAUCAACAAGUUUGAAUGCAUAUGCAAGUGCUGUACCUCAGGCAGGUUCAUCUCAUGGCAUUCAAGUCAUGACUCAUGAAGGCAUUCGUGUGAAUACACAGCUCACACCAUCCGUUGAUGUUUAUGCUGGCAUUCAUGCAACUCAAACGACAAAUUUUAAUUUCACGAAAGAUCCGGUCAUUUCACAUCAACAAGUACAAAGAGGCAUCCAAGUUGGUCUUCAAAAACAAUUGAGUGAAAACUCAAAUUUUGGUCUAUCAACAUCGUUAACUCAAACACCACAUUCGUCUCAAAUGGAGAAGGGUGUUGAAUUUCACUAUAACAAACGGUUCUGA